CCAGGGUAGUUUAGUUGGCACUUGUUGGCAAUUAACUUCAUUUCACUUUGUCUUUUUGAUGGAACUUCCUAGGCACACAAACACUUUCUCUCUCUUUCUCUUUGUUCUCUCUAGCUAGCGUCACGGAAUACCAAAAAUUAGUUAUCAAAGUUUUGUUUAGUUUAGUUUGGUUUCAUCUGAUUCUUCCUUCCAUAUUCCAUAUGCAUUGACAAAACUAAUACCUUUUUCUUUUUUCUGCUUUUUUAAAUCUUUUUCUGUUGUUCUUUAUCUUUGUGCUCACAUAAAAGCAAAUAAAAGGCUUUGUGGAGUGCAAAUCAAUAAAAAACAAAAGAAAAUAGCAUAUAGAUAUUAAGAAGCAAAGCAUGAAUGGUGGUGCAAGUGCAGAGGCAGAGGCAGAGUACUCUGAAUUUGUGGAAGUUGAUCCUAGUGGAAGAUAUGGAAGAUAUAAUGAAAUUCUUGGUAAAGGAGCUUCCAAGACAGUUUAUAGAGCAUUUGAUGAGUAUGAAGGGAUAGAAGUUGCAUGGAACCAAGUGAAGCUUUACGAUUUUCUGCAGAAUCCAGAAGACCUUGAGAGAUUAUACUGUGAAAUUCAUCUUCUCAAGACAUUGAAACACAAGAACAUCAUGAAGUUCUACACUUCCUGGGUUGAUACUACCAACAGACACAUAAAUUUUGUCACUGAGAUGUUCACUUCUGGGACUCUAAGACAGUACAGGCUUAAACACAGAAGGGUUAACAUCAGAGCUGUUAAGCAUUGGUGCAGGCAGGUUUUGGAAGGGCUUCUCUAUCUACACAGCCAUGACCCUCCUGUGAUCCAUAGAGAUCUCAAGUGUGAUAACAUUUUCAUCAAUGGCAACCAAGGAGAAGUUAAAAUUGGGGAUCUUGGCCUUGCUGCAAUUCUUCGCAAAUCUAAUGCCGCUCGCUGUGUUGGCACACCUGAGUUUAUGGCCCCUGAAGUAUAUGAAGAGGAUUACAAUGAAUUGGUUGACAUAUACUCUUUUGGAAUGUGCAUAUUGGAGAUGGUCACCUUUGAAUAUCCUUAUAGUGAAUGCAACCAUCCUGCUCAAAUUUACAAGAAAGUUUCCUCUGGGAAAAUGCCAGAGGCUCUUUACAAAGUAAAUGAUCCCGAGGUUCGGCAAUUUGUAGAGAAAUGCUUAGCAACUGUGUCCCUCAGACUUUCAGCAAAGGAACUAUUGGAGGACCCUUUUCUCCAACUUGAUGAUUAUGGAUAUGACUUGAAACCAUUCCAAUAUCAAAGAGACUGCUUUGAAGUAACCCCAAUAAUUAGACAAUCUCUUAAUGGAAUUCAUAGCAGCAACACCACCUUAAUGAGUGGCUCCACCGAUAAUCCUAGUGGUUAUGGACCUGUAUCUGAACUGGAUUAUCACCAAGAUGAUUUUGAAACAAGUGAAAUAGAUCUCUUUGAUUGUGAGGAGGACGAAAAAUUAGCUGAAUUUGACGCCUCAAUUAAAGGUAGGAGAAGAGAAGAUGAUGGCAUCUUUCUGAGAAUCAGAAUAGCAGAUAAGGAAGGUCGAGUUCGAAACAUCUAUUUCCCGUUUGACACCGAGACUGAUACUGCAUUGAGCGUUGCUUCUGAAAUGAUAGCUGAACUUGACAUAACUGACCAAGAUGUAACAAAGUUAGCAGAUAUGAUAGAUAAUGAAAUUGCAAACUUGGUCCCUGAGUGGAAAAGGGGACCCAGAAUAGAGGAAAGUUUACAAUGUGAAAGUGAACAUUUCUGCCACAAUUGUGCUAGAAACAGUUCUUUAUUUGAUUAUGCAUCAUCAGAUAAUCCAUGUGCCAAGAAUCUGCAAUUUUUCCAUUGUUCUAAGAACGGAUGCGCAGCAGUUCAUGGCAGAUUCGAGGAGAUUACUUAUCAAGUUGAAGGGUCUGAAAACUGUGCUACAGAAGGUGCACAAGAUCCAUCAUACCAACCCAAAGGCAUUAGUUGUACUGAUAUCUGGGCGCAGCGCGAUGAACCAGACUUGUGUUCUGAAGAGUUAAAAGACAUACAAUGUGACGACAAGUCUAAUGAGACAUCAAAUCAAUCAACCAUCAAGGAUGGUGGAAGAACUAUUGAUGUGGAUGACCAAAGUGAUCUCAAUGCUAGAAAGCUACCUUCUAUUCCUUCAUCGGAUUGUGUUCUUCUGGACUAUGAGAAUGAAAUUAGACAAGAACUGAGAUGGCUAAAAGCAAAGUACCAGAUGCAGUUAAGAGAGCUUAGAGACCAGCAACUAGGGAGUAAACCAAAAUUUGCUAGCACAUCCCCUGACACCGAAAAAUUAGAGCUAUCAGCUACAUCCCACUCGAAGUUACAGGACAAGAAAUCAUUGCUGAGGCCUAUGGUUUGUGGUAACAAUUUUCUUGUUGAUGCUGAGAAGUGCACAAGUUUGGCUGAUCAAAUGGUUCAAAAUGGUGAUGAGACAAGUGAGGCUAACAGUCCAGAACAAAUGAUCACAGCCAAGGAUUUCUUUGCAGGAGCUUUGCUUCCACAGUCCCUUUACAGGGCCACUUCUCUUCCUGUUGAUGCAGUAGAUGUCUAGAAUCUCCAAACCACUCAAGUUUCCAAAAUUUUCUCAUCAUUAAAUGGGACACCAUUGUAAGUAAAAUUAAAGAAAACCCAGAUGUAACUUAGUGUACGUAGUUCUAGGCACCCUUUUCUCUAUGAAAAUCACUUCGAACUUGACAUGUUAUGAAAGAGUCAGAUGUAAAUCAUACACAGAUUAACACAAUCACAUUAAUGUAAGCAAAAUCUUCUCCUUGUGUUGCAACUCCAUCUCCUAGUUAGAGGUACCUACUUAUGAGAUGCUAUUGUUGUGAAAUGCUUUCUUGUAUGCUUGGUUCAUAAAAUGCUCUAAGUUCUUAUA